AUGCACCUCGAGCAACCUGCUUGGAGGCACCCUCCAGACCCGCAGCGCCGGAGCUGCUGCAGCUCCUUCGGCCCCGCCGACUGCUGGCAGACCUGCACGUUCUUCCCGCGGCUCUGCUGCGGCCUCUGCUGCGCCUACGUGGAGGGGCAGAGGGACAACUGA